UUUACCGUUAAUUUUAUUAAACACUUAUAAUUUAUAAUUAAUUUAUCAAUUUUCGACUACUUGCUUCUCCGGUAUAAAUGUGAUUUUUUUUUUUUACUUUACAUUUUCUACCAAAUAAUGAGGUGUCUCAGUGUGCUCUCAUCAGUAAGCAAGCAGUCUUGUCAUACAUAUCCUAAUGCCAAAAUGUUAGGAAUAAGCCGAACAAAAAACACCAAGAGAAGGAUUGAGAUCGCUUGAUCAAAUAAUUGAUCAAUUAAUUAACCAACUGAAAAGGACAAAUGGAAAAGAAAUUUGGUUUUCAUUAUUAUGUAUUUCUUUCGUGUGAUGCAACCUAACGAAUAAUAUGGAAUAUUCUUAACAGGAUUUAACUUCGAUGAGCUCAUCAUUGUAGUCUAUUCUAUUCACAAGCAUUACUAAAAGCCUCAAGCCCUUAACUCUUUUGGUAACAUAACAGUAUAAAAAAGCUUCCCUUGAAUAUUGUAUCCAAAUUUCACUCUGUAAUAUAUGUAUAUCAAGCUUUCAUGUAAUGCAACCAAUCAAAUAUGACUGAAGAGAAUAUAAAGCUUAAAGCCAUAUAGAAUUCCCAGUAGAAUUGAUAAAUCUAUCAUGAUUUCAUGUGAUUCAGUUUCAACUUGAUAAAACAAUAGCUGUAAGAAAAUAAAAGCAUACAGCAGAAUUCUCUGAAAGUUAUAUAUCAGAUGCCUUUUGUUUUUGUGGAAUAUCAGAUACCUUUUAUAAGUACGCCAAGCUUCUGUUUCUGUGCAUCAAUAUAUGUCGAUAUUUGAACCGUUAUGAUCUUUUAACACAUGGAGCUUUCUUUGCGAAGAAAGACAACUGACUGGGUAACAUUUUUAUUAGAGGCUGGACUUAGUCACAAUUUCUUAGUUUGAAAACUGACAUGUUGCCGGCCAGAGCAAUACAUAAAUGUCCUUUACCAAAACAGAAAACAAUAUCAAACGCAAACAAGAAAUUUCGUGCUACUAGAGUAUGGAGGAAGAAGUCCUUACCUAGUUACAUUUUUAUAUACGAGGCAAUCAGCAUAUUUUCAUUUACUUGCAAAACAUUCAAAUCAAAUAUGGCUGAUUACCAAGGCUACAUCAUACUUUUCAUGGCAUGGCUAGUCUCCACAAUAGUGGUUCGAGCCAUACUCAGCAAAAAACAGAACAAGACUAAUAGACCACCAAGUCCACUAGCCUUACCCAUCAUUGGUGAGAAAGUUGGUGCAAGACACUGUGCAUCUCACGGGGAAGUUUAAUGUGUCGGACUUCAUUUGGUUCCUUAAAAACUAGGAUAUGCAGGGGUUUGGGAAAGGACUAAAGGAAAUUCGGGACAGGUUUGACACCAUUAUGGAGAGGGCGAUCAAGGAGCAUGAAGAGGAAAGGCCCAACUUCGACUUCAAGGCCUACAUGCUCGACAAGAUCAACACCGUUAACAGAGCAUUGGACGCAGCCGUUGCGCUAAGAGAACCACGGAAGCUCCACGAAGCCAUGCGCUACACCCUCCUCGCCGGCGGAAAGAGGAUCCGCCCGGUGCUCUGCCUCGCCGCCUGCUCUCUCGUCGGCGGCAGCGAGGCCACCGCAAUCCCCGCCGCGUGCGCCGUCGAGAUGAUCCACACCAUGUCGCUCAUCCACGACGACCUGCCCUGCAUGGACAACGACGACCUCCGCCGUGGAAAGCCGACAAGCCACAAGAUCUUCGGCGAACACGUGGCCGUCCUCGCCGGCGACGCGCUCCUCGCGCUCGCGUUCGAGCACGUGGCGGCGUCGACGGAGGGCGCGUAUGCGGCGCGCGUGGUGCGCGCGAUCGGGGAGUUGGCGAAAUGCAUCGGCGCGGAAGGCGUCAUGGCGGGACAGGUGGUGGACGUGAAUUCGGAAGGGUUGACGUUGUCGAUGUCGGAUGAAGUGGCAGUUUUGGAGAGGUUGGAGUUUAUUCACGUGCACAAAACGGCGGUGGUUGAAGGUGCGGUUGUGAUGGGGGCGAUACUGGGGGGUGGGUCGGACGAGGAAAUUGAGAGGUUAAGGAUGUUUGGUAGGUGCAUUGGGUUGUUGGGUCAGGUUGUGGAUGAUGUUCUGGAUGUUACUAAAUCGUCCGAGGAAUUGGGAAAGACGGCGAAGAAGGACUUGGUGGCUGAUAAACUCACGUACCCCAAGGUUUUGGGGAUACAUGAGUCGAAGGAGUUUGCUCAUAAAUUGGUGCAUGAUGCAAACAAAAUGUUGGCUGGGUUUCAUCCUCCAAAGGCUGCUCCCCUAUUUGCUUUAACCAAUUACAUUGCUUACAGGCAAAAUUAAUACACAGACUUUUGUUUUGUCAUCACCGGGAUGUGUCAAUUGUCAAAUAAAUUUCUGUUACACCUCCAAAAUUAAUACAUUUAUAAGUGGUUUUUUAAAAUUAA